AUGACUAUGAUAAAAAAGUUAAAAGCCUCCGUCGAAAAUAAUACUGAUAGAUCCGCAAACAGUAAUACUAGUACAAAUGGUAAUAACUUUAUUAAUUUAAAAAAAAAUGAAAAUACAACUGCUAUUAGAAAAAUAAGAAACUUUAUUACUGGGAAGUCUAAUGGCACCCAUAAAAAAGACAAUAAUAAAGAAGAAACGAUAGAUCAGGUGACAAUAGUGGAAGGUGGAAAUAACUGUGAGAAAAACAUGACCAUGCUUGAAACUAAUAAAAUAUUAUCAGACCUUGACCAACGUACUAUUAACAACAACAACAACAACAACAACAACAACAACAACAACAACAACAACAAUAAUAAUAGCAAUACUACUUCCAGCAAUAUCAACGAUGAGCAAAUUAUUUUUAUUGAAGAAACAGUGGAAGAAGGUGAAGUUAAUUCUACUAUUAAUGCCCCCAAUAAUACAGGACAGGAUGAAGGAGAGGACGUUAUUACUUUCCCAGAUGGUGGGUUACGAGCAUGGUUAGUUGUAUUAGGUGUAUUUAUCGGUUUGUUUCCUUCAUGGGGGUUAUAUUUCACAGCGGGUAUUAUACAAACCUAUAUUUCAGAAAAUCAACUGAAAAAUGAAUCAACAUCUACAAUUUCAUGGAUCUUCUCCAUUUUUAAUUUUUUUGUGUUGAGCUCGUCGGUUUUCAGUGGGUUAUAUUUUGAUCUAAAUGGCCACUUAAAACCAUGUAUAGUUGGUUCCAUAUUGUUUGUAGUUGGCCUAUUAGGUACAGCUAAUUGUACUAAGGUAUGGCAUUUUAUUAUAUGCUUUAGUAUUAUUGUAGGAAUUGGAAGCGGUGUUUUGGUAAGUCCAGUAUUAGGUAUUGUUUGCCAUUAUUUUGACAAAAAAAGGGCUAUAGCCACUGCUGUUGCUAUUAAUGGUGGGAGUGUUGGUGGUGUUGUUUUCCCUAUUAUGUUGGAAAAUUUGUUUACUUCUUUAGGUUUCCCAUGGUCGAUUAGAAUUCUAGCCUUUAUUGGCCUGGGCUGUUAUGCAGUUUGUCUUUUAACUAUUAGAGAGAGACCAGAGUUUAAACAACAGGCAGAGAUCAAAGAAUGUGGUGCAAGUGUCAUUGAGACUAAAAAAUCUUUAUUACAAACAUUUAAAUUUUACUGCAGAGAAUCUUUUGACUACAAAGCACUAGUUACUGAUUACAAGUUUAUAUUUUGCACAUUGGGAACAGCUUUGGCAGAAUUAUCUACUGGAUUAACACUUACAUACUUAUCUUCUUACUGUAUAGCCGCUGGAUUUUCACAAGCUGAUUCAUUUUUAAUUAUCACCGUGUUAAAUGUUUUGUCUAUUUUUGGUGGUUAUUUUUUCAGUAUUUUGGCCGAUAAUUAUUUUGGUAGAUUAAAUGUAAUGAUCACCAUUGUAUUUUUAAUGCCAUUUUUGAAUUUAAUUAUGUGGUUACCGUUUGGUUAUAAGUCUUUGAAAUUAAUGUAUGUAUUUUCCGCACUGUAUGGCUUUUCCUAUGGAUCUUUACUUUCAUUAGCACCAACAAUCUGUUCACAAAUAACAAAAGUUGAGGAAUUUGGUAGAAAAUACAGUACAAUGUAUUGUGUUGUUGGUUUUUUCUUUUUGUUUGGCAUUCCCAUUGCAGGUGCUAUUAUUGGGAAAGGCUCUUUAGAUGCUUAUGAUCAUUUCGUUAUAUUUGUUUCUGUUAUGUUGUUUUGUGCAGCUGGAUUUUUCACACUGUGCAAAGGAUUUUCCUUGGUCCAUUACCAUUUCCCCCAGACGUCCAAAAGACAUGUUAUGCUUAAAACAUUUACUAAGAAGUUUUAG